CUUCUCUCGCCCUGCCGCCAGUCCUCCUCAAAACUCUUGCGCUCCCACUUCCACGUAGCGCUUCUAGAGUUCUUCUCCUUUUCUUGCUGUUCGAUAGCUGGUCUCGUCACACUAUUCAACAGUGAUUACUGUAUUUCGUCUUUCUUUUUCGUCUUUCGAUCUUGUCUGCUUUGCUUUAACUACAUCACUGUGCGGAUUUUUCGUUUCCAGGCCUACUACUAUCGACUGGCUCGAGAAGUUCGACUUACACGAUCAAGCCCGCACAUAAUACCCCCCCUCCGCCCUCCCUACUACCUCAACCCCAAUAUAAAAUAAAAACCAGAAAUACCAAGAAGCUAGCUAUAGCUCCCAAUGUCCAACAUGGACAACCAAGGCUUCAACUUCAAUGAGAAGAAGCGGCCCGCCGCUCUCAACCUCACACACACCCGCACAGGAACUUCUUCAAGCUCAUCAUCAGAGAGCUCACUGAAGGUUCCGCGGACGCCUCGCUUCGCCGAAGCCACGUCCGUCCACUCCCCAGUCGACGACGACAAGAUUUCACCCUUUGCCGACCCGGUCCCUGAAGCUUCAGAGUCCCAGCCCAGCGAUGUCGGCUUUGGCUACAUCGGCAGCACCUCCAACCGGGAGUCAAUCCCCAUGCCGCCAAAGUCCCCUCUCAAGAGCGCCAUGAAGGUGCCCGGCACGCCAGCCAGAACGAUGCACAUUCUCAGCCCUACGUUCCGCGAGGAGGCGAUCCUGGAGAAGCGCGAACUCGAGACAGAGAAGGAGCAGGCUAGGGAUCUGAAACACAAGGUCCGCGUCCGUAUGGCCAAGUUUGCCCUUCGUAGCGUCCAUUUCAGCUGCUCUCUCAUCAUCCUCGCUAUGCUCUCCUCAUCCUUUGCCAUCUUCAACGCCACCAAGAACCUCCCUUCGCAGAGCUCAAUGCCUUCAUGGGCCAACGGAACCGAUCCCUGGGCACAGAAGCUCGUCCUCUCCAUGGCCUGUCUCUCUCUCGCAAUCUCCAUCGUCGUCUUUAUCGCUUACUGUCGCGGAGGACAUCGCCGCGCUGAAAAGGUCGGCACAUACUACACCAUGUUUGCUAUCGGAUGGUUCAUCGUCAGCUUGAUUCUUUGGGUCCUUGCAGCCGCCGUCUUCUCCAACUCCAAGAACAACGGCAACAACAAGGACAUGUGGGGAUGGUCUUGCGUCCAAAACACCCGAGCCGUCGUCUUCUCUGACAAAGUCAAGUACAGCUUGGUCUGCCGUCUCCAGAACUGGUCCCUCAUCUGCAUCAUCAUCGAGGUCGUCAUCGAGGUCAUCAGCAUCCUGCUCUACAGCAUCGUCUUCUACCGAUACUACUCCAAGCGCCGCCUGCACAAGUCCAUGGACGUCCGAGACCGAGCCCGCUCCGACCUCUAUCUCGCCCAGCUUCGCUCCCAGUCCGCUCCCAACACUCCUGGCUUCCCUCGCUCUCCUAGCUUUGGAGGCGCUCCCAUGACUCCUGCCAUGUUCCCGCCCAAGUCUCCCGCUCUGAGCCAGUAUGCCUUGUCGCCUCGCCACGCUCCGGCCAACUUUGGCAGCCUCUCCAGCAUCAACGAGAAGAGCACCUUUACCCCUGGUGUUCAAGUCAUCGCUGAGCCUCCAUCGGCGUUCGCGCCGCCUCCAGCUGCGUUCAAGCUGCAGGCUCCCCCCACCAAGGCUCCUUCGGCUACGCCCAAGACUCAGAGCCCUCUGACACAGGCAGCACCGCCGCUGCCAUUUGCCUCGUCCUCUCAGGCACCUCCUCCCCCGUCAGAAAACGUUCAAGAGCACGGCCCUGUUGCUGCAAACGAGCCAACAUAUGAUGCUGUGCCCAUCCCUGGCGCAUACGCCGCAGGUCCUGCAUCAUAUGGGCAGGCGAUGUAAAGUGAUACUUGACACACACAUACACACACACACACACACACACACAAAAAAAAAAAAAG